AUGGAUGAUAUUUUCAAACGCUCUGGCUUUUAUUUUGACAUACGGCUCAUAAAAUGGCUUGGUCAGUGGCCGUUUCAGUCCAAGAGGACGGACAAUAUUCGGAGACUCUUGGCAAUAUCACUCAUGUUCAGUAUAUUCAUACCAUCGAUCAUCAAAUUUUGCGAAUUACGAGAUAAUAUAUACAAAAUGGUGGAUUGUAUACCAAUGCUGGGACUACAUUUUGCAGGUAUAUCCAAAUUCCUAAAUUGGAGUUAUCACCGAGAAAAGGUUGUACAAUUACUGAAUCACAUGCGAUACGACUGGAAUAAUUUGAAAAAUGAGUUUGAUUCAAACGUGUUGGAAAAAUUCAGUUCUUCUGGCCAAAGCUUAUUCAUCGCUUAUGCAAUAGGGAUAUAUGGAACGACAGCAGUAUAUUUCAUUAUACCUUUUGUUCCAAUCAUCUUGAACAUUAUACUCCCAUUAAAUGAAUCUCGACCACAUCUAUAUCUUUAUCAUACGGAGUACUUCGUAGAUCAGAAUGAGUAUUAUUACCCUAUCCAAUUGCAUGCGUAUAUGGCGGUUUCGGUAUCUGUAACAUGCCUCGUUUCCUUUGAUCAAAUGUGCGCUAUGUUCAUUCAUCACGCCUGUGGAAUGUUCGAAAUAUUGAAACUACAUCUAGAAAAUAUACAUACUACUGUGGUGACAAACGAUGAUAAAAACUCAUCAGUGAAGGAGGAAAGAGCUAUCCAAGAAAUAAUAUAUUGUCUCCAGAUACACAAUCGAAUUUUCGAAUUUCUGGAGGUGGUGGAAAUUUGGGAUCAAAUGAUAAUGCUGAUGGUUGGAGCCGGGAAUACGUUGAUUAUAACAGCUUGUGGAGUUGGAGGUAUAUUGAAUCAUCCGGAUUUUUUGGGAGUAAUAAGAUUAUUUCUCUUCAAUUAUGGCGCUAUUAUUCACUUUUUUUAUAACUGUUGGCAAGGGCAUUUGAUUCUUAAACAAGGUGAAAGUAUUUUCAUAGCAGCUUAUCAGAAUGAGUGGUAUAAGUUACCCUGCCGGUUGCAACGAAUGCUAUUGCCUGUGAUGGCGAAGAGCCUGAAGCCAUGCGAAAUAACAGCUGCUCACUUGUUUCCAAUGUCAUUAGCAACUUUUGGAAUGGCCAUGAAAGCGGCCAUAUCAUACUUCACUCUCUUUCAAUCGAUGAAAUGAAGGCAUUGAGAUACAUACAACACUCUGAAAGGA